ACCCACCACAACCACCAGACCCCGCCGUCCUCCGCCAACCGUAAUUGGACUAGAAUUGAUGUGGGCUUUUGCACUUUAGCCCAAAGAUGGUACCUUUGGUCCAUGUUCACCCCCUCCUUCCAAAUCCAAUCCUUAUAGUGAAGGAGCGAACGACGUCGUUGGGAAACAACUUUUCAUCGUCUACGUCCACCCGCUAGGCCCUAACUAGACGCAGAAAAGAGCUUCGAGUUGAGAAGUGAGUUAAGGGCAAAGAGGAAAGCAGAAGGAAGGAAGGAAGAAAUCGAGAAAUCAAGGAAGAAGGAAUAAGCGUUAGAAAAGAAAUCAAAUUGUUGAGAGAAUGUUCUACAGAGGCCUUGCAGCUGGGUUUUCGUCAAUUUAUUCCUUUCUGCCUUUGAUUCUUAGUAGAUAUCCUGAUGGUGGUGAUGGUCGUGAAAUGGGUGCAAAACGUCAGCGGUUAGUUGAUCAAGGUCCUUCAUUCUAUGGAACUUCCACUGGUUCGAGUUUUAUGUAUAAUCCACCACCUUAUGGAUAUGUUGCCCAACCUCCUCCUUUCCCUGUUGUCCGACUUCGUGGUCUCCCCUUUGAUUGCACAGAAACUGAUGUGGCCGAGUUCUUCCAUGGUCUGGACAUAGUUGAUGUUCUCUUCGUCCACAGGGGUGGGAAGUUCAGUGGUGAAGCUUUUUGUGUUUUUGGGUAUCCUCUUCAAGUUGACUUUGCCCUUCAAAAGAAUAGGCAGAACAUGGGGAGGCGAUAUGUUGAGGUUUUCAGAAGUAAGAGGCAGGAUUAUUACAAGGCAAUUGCAAAUGAAGUUUCAGAUGCUCAUGGUGGUUCACCACGGCGAAAUGCUCCAAGAGCUAAAUCAUAUGAUGAGGGAAAGGACUCUGCUGAACAUACAGGGGUAUUACGUUUGAGAGGACUGCCAUUUUCUGCUGGCAAGGAUGACAUAAUGGACUUCUUUAAAGAUUUUAUGCUAUCCGAAGAUUCAAUUCAUAUUACAAUGAACUCAGAGGGAAGGCCAACUGGUGAAGCAUUUGUGGAAUUUGCAAGUGCAGAAGAUUCAAAAGCAGCAAUGGCCAAGGAUAGGAUGACUCUUGGGAGUCGUUAUAUAGAAUUGUUUCCUUCAUCAAUGGAGGAGAUGGAAGAAGCAGUGACAAGAGGACGAUAAUGACUGCCUUUGCCAUUUGUGCCCCUGAUGAUGUUUAACCUUGCUCCAUUGUUCAAAAUUUUGCUUCAUCAGUUGAUCACAUUUUCUCAGUUGGUAUGGUUUUGCUGUUGUUUUGCAUUGUUUUUAACUAGAAUUCUAUAAAAACAACCUAUGCUAUUCAGUGAGAUAGUAUGUAUGUUUGGGUGCAUUUGUCUACUAGUUAGUCAUAUAUAUUUGACAAAAUUUGGUGCUAUCAACUGCAACUUGUCAAAAGUUAACCCUUGGUUCUUUGCGAGUGAGUUGAAACGGUGGUGGUUAUGGUGAAUGAAGGCUGGGAAAUUUGUUAAA